AGUUGCCACACUGCAUUUGGCUUAGUCCUCUGAGGUUGGAGAGCCUGUAGUUUUAUGUGGAUAAAUCAAGUGAUGGAUGGGAGCACUAAAGGUGGAUCAGGGAACUACGUGGUUGAGGACUUCAGACGGCUGAGAACUUUUGAAAGAAGAAUUUUGCUAAUAACUUUAUUCCCGAAUAUUUCAGGAAUAGUGCUUGCAAUAUAGCUUUUGCGUAGUUACUCUUUUUGGCACCCACAUGCCAUAGGAAAACACCAUUCUAAAUUUAUCUGUCUCUGAAUCAUCUUGGCUACAGAUGUUCUUGCCAAGUUUGCAUGUUGAUAUUUGGUAACUUGAGUGAUGUGUCAUUUUUGUUUUGUUAGCACCUGAAUAUUUUAUGUUGUUUGGAAAGAAAUUUUUAGCUGAAGUGAGAACUUCUCGAAAACAGUGCCAUGGAAAUCUAAUUCUUACUGUUGGCUAGAAGGAAUUGCAGUAAUUCUGUGAUUAUUUUUAAGUACUUUUUUCUUUUUUUUUCCUGCAUAAAAGCAGACAAGCCAUUUUUUAGAAGUGGGAUUUAGACACCUUUCCAGGUUAUUGUAUGGCCUCUACUAUGAUACUGAACAUGGAUGACUGGAUUCCAAACAUGAUGCGUCACACACCUUUACAAGUCCAACAGAUUUUGACAAAGAGAAUUCAGUCAGAUUUAAAACCUCAAAACUUCAUCAAAGGAGGAGAGCAUUAAGUUUUCAGAAAGAAUUUUCAUUAGAGGAUAAAGAAGAGCUUGCUAAUAGCACAAAGGAUAUUGAUGCUAAUCUUUUAGCAGUGCUUCCAAAAGUUUCAGAAUUAAGAAAACUCUUUGAACCAAACAAGCAGAACAUUUUGGAAAUGAAAAGGAAAGAGAGGAUCGCCAGACGUUUAGAGGGUAUUGAAAAUGAUACGCAGCCCAUCCUCCUACAAAAUUGUCCAGGAUUAGUUACCCACCGUUUACUAGAAGAAGAUACACCAAGAUAUAUGCGUGCAACAGACUCAUAUAGUCCCCACUUUGGAAGAUCAAAUGAAGAGGAGGAAACUUCAGAUUCUUCCAUAGGAAAACAACCUAGGUCAUCCAGGUAUCGAGCAGAACCUACAGGAGCAAAUUCAGAGCCUCCAUAUAGCACAGGAGCCAUGGAUAACCAGGGACUUGAGUCGAAAGCAGAAAGAAUAGCUAGGUACAAGGCAGAGAGGAGACGCCAGCUAGCAGAAAAAUAUGGAUUACCUUUAGAAUCUGAGGCAGAUUCUGAAUAUUUAUCCAGAUAUACCAGGCCACGAAAAGAGCCCGACACUGGUGACAAAAAGGAAGUAAAAAGCGACAAGCAGGAAGAAGAAAGCAAAGAUUUUAGUUCCCUGUACUUCUCCAGGUCUGAGAAUAAGGAGUCAUUGAGUACUGCUUCUGAAUCGAAGGAACACUUCUUCCAUGAAAAAGACAGAGUUGCAGAGAGAGAAGAGCUUUCAAACUUGGAGAAUAAAAAAGCACAGGAAGUUAGUGCUGCUGGACAAGCUCAGGACUUGUCACCAGAAGUGGAUGGUUCUGCAUCUUUUUCAUACUCUGAGCAGGAAUCCUCCUUUAAGGAAGUGCCAAUAUCACCUAAGCAAACUUGCCGGUUAUCCCUUUCCUCACCAAAGCAGCCAGUUUCACCAAGUCAUUCACACAUUGAUCAGCCCUUCUACAGUGACACCAGACAAGGUAGUACAGGGAAAGCAAAACCUGAAUGGUUUCUUCAGAAAGAUUCAGAAGGAGACACACCUUCACUUAUCAGCUGGCCCUCCAGAGUAAAAGUUAGAGAGAAACUGGUGAAAGAGGAAAGUGUUCAUGGAAGCCCUGAACUUGUCACAGACACUGUAUCUCAGAAAAAAUCUCAUCCAGUGCCAGUUGAUUACAUGCCUCUUCAGUCAGAAACUUCUGCAUUUAAUAGGGUUGCCAAUCAGACAUUCAGUUCAGUCCGCCAACAAGUAUAUGGAUGUUUUCAGCCUGCUGGCGUUGCUCAUGCUGCCAAGCUGAUGGCAACAGAAGAUGCAAAAAAUAUCUCAAUUAGCAGCCUCUUAGUACCAGACAAUACCGGCAUCAUGACAAAAUCCCCAACUGCCACUGCACUGGAAAAGGAAAAAAGUAACAUACUUCAGAAUUAUGGCUCAAAGCCCGAUGAAUAUCCUUUGGGGACGGAACAGCUUUUGAAAAGCAGAAAACCAGUUUUGCCACCUGAGGUUCACAGACAAGGGAAGAGCAACGAAGACCAUUUUACAGCAAGUGAAUUUGACAAGUCGGCGCUUUCUUCAGCUUUUAUAAGCAAGCCAAAGGCUAAUUCCUCAGAGUUGCAGAAAGCACUAGAGUUCACUAAGAGCCAAGACCCUGAACCCCUGUUUAAGACUCAUGAGGGGACUGAAAGGAGUGAGACAGUUCUGUACAUACAAAAUGGAUCUGUAUCACAUUCUGCUAAGGCGAAAGGUGAAUCUCAGGAAGUGUCAAUGAUGAAGCAUAAACUCCUGACGCGCUCAAUGUCUGAUUAUACUGGUACUCCUAAGUCGGAGGCUUUAAAAAGUAAGGAAUCUGUUACGAAAAAGGAGAUGGCGUUUCAGAGUUCUGAAGCAAAUGUGUCCAAUGGUGAGAUUGGCAUGGUUGACACAAAAGUCUCUGUUGCUCAGCUCCGUAAUGCCUUUCUGGAGACUGUCAGUGCCCACAAGAAAACUGAACUUGAAUCUCAAUUUGAGAUGUCAACAUCAGGUACUGAUUUGUCUGCCAAUACUGAACGGGAAAGAGGGUCACGAAGGCCAAGGCGCUAUUUUUCUCCUGGUGAAAGUAGAAAAACUUCUGAGAGAUUUAGAACUCAACCAAUAACUUCAGCAGAGCGAAAAGAAACAGAUAGGUCGUCUUUGAGUCCAGAAUUGCCAGCUGCUGAGGAUGAAGAAAAACUGGAUGAACGAGCCAAACUGAGUGUUGCUGCCAAGAGGCUGCUUUUCAGGGAAAUGGAAAAAUCAUUUGAAGGAAAAAAUAUUCCUAAACCACAUUCAAGAAAUUCAGCAAUAGAAAGAAGACUGCGGCGUAUGCAGGACAGGUCACGCACCCAACCAGUUACUACAGAAGAAGUGGUCAUUGCAGCAACUGAACCUACCCCUGCUUCAUGUACUGUGAAUACCCACACUGUAGUGACAAGAAUACCUAGUCCCACUGUAGUUAAGAGCACUGUACAACCUACCAGGUUACAGGCCUCAGUGCACCAAAAGACUUUAGCUAAAGAAGACAUAAAAGAAGCCAAAGAAGCAGUGGAGCCAGAUCAGUCUGGCGAGCCGGACUCCUCCACACUAAGCUUAGCAGAAAAGAUGGCCUUGUUUAACAAAUUGGCUCAACCAGUAUCAAAGACCAUCUCUACACGGAGCAGGGGGGACAUACGUCACAGAAGAAUGAAUGCUCGCUACCAAACACAGCCUGUAACACUUGGAGAAGUUGAGCAGGUACAAAAUGGAAGUGAAAAAAUUACUCCCUUGUCUUCUGCUAUUCUAACAUCAGUGUCAACUAUGACAUCUGUGAUUUCUCCAGUAUAUGCUGGUGAUCUCCAUGCAAAGUCAGCAGCUGAUGAAAAUGUAAGUGCUACCAGUAAAGUAGAUUUGAGAUGCCACUCUUCACUAGAAAAUGCAGACACUCCAGUAAAAGGCAUACUGAAAUCAGAACACUGGCAGCCUUCAGUGGAAGCAAUGGAAAGCAAACGAGCAUCAAAGGAGCAUGAAGAGGAAGAGACAAACAGAUUCCUAGCAUAUGAAGAUAAUGACGUCAAAAAGUACAGCUCUUUUGAAGAAACAGCCACCCAUCCUGUUCUUAGUAAAACAGAGGACUACCACAAAGAGAUAAAGUACACUUUCCCAAGAAAGAGCAGUAUGGAAUUGUUUACCCAACAAGCACUUUUACAGCCUUUGGAACAGAAGGAAUUUGUUUCUGAUACUGUCCUGCAGGGUAAACAGGAAGUCAAAGAAGGCUGGUCCUUGGAGGAAAAGAUGGAGGUGGAGAAUGUCUUGAAAAGCAAAACCUUGCUGAGAGAUCAUGGUGAGCCUACUUCUGAACUUGGCAUGAUGUCACCACAGACAGAUUCUCAGACUGUGGUGUCCAGUAGACAGCGGGAGGCUUCCGAACAACUAGAUGAAAAAUUCUAUAGGAACCCUUGUGAGUUGUUUGUUGCUGAAGAUAACAAAAUAGAAACAACCGAGGACUACCUGGAUGCACCCAGCAAAACAUUGUCAAUUAAAGAAAGGCUGGCGCUGUUGAAGAAGCGUGGUGAAGAAAGCUGGAGAAGCAGACUUAACAAAAAGCAGGAGUAUGGGAAAAUGUCUGUCUCUGAGCGUAGCACACAGCUGCAAGAAGCUGAGCAGUUCUUCAAGAAGAAGGAAGAAGGAAGAAUGACAGAUGAUAAUGACGUGUCUAAUCAGCUUUGGGAACCUGUCUAUGCUUCUACUUAUUCCCCUGCCAUACCUGUUGCCCAUACAUUUCAUCCUUUUGUACCUAUUCAUCAGGUCAAUAGUUCUAGUUUGAAAGAAUCAAGCCCCCUGGUCUUUGAUGAACGGCAUCCUUGGAGAUGGAAGCAGAAAAUGGCAGAUAGCCAUGAGAGUCAAAUGACUAUUGAAGAAAGAAAACACCUGAUUACUGUUCGGGAAGAAGCCUGGAAGACAAAGGGUAAAGGAGCAGCCAAUGACUCUAGCCAGUUCACUGUUGCUGGACGAAUGGUAAAAAAAGGCUUGGCAUCACCUACUGCCAUAACUCCAGUGACAUCGCCUUUCUGUAACAGGCUGAAGUCUACCACUCCAGUUUCAAAGCCUCUGGAAGAAAUAGAAGCCAGGCCUGAUCUGCAGCUAGAAUCAGACUUGAAGCUAGACAAGCUGGAAACGUUUUUGGGAAGGCUGAACAACAAAGUUGGUGGGAUGCAAGAAACAGUGCUAACGGUCACAGGAAAAUCGGUGAAAGAGGUGAUGAAGCUGGACGAUGAUGAAACCUUUUCCAAAUUUUACCGUCAUGUAGAUUGCCCUAUUUCCACAGUGCCUUUGGAGCUUAAUGAGGACUUUGAUGCCAUCUUUGAUCCUUAUGCACCAAAGUUAAUUUCUUCUGUAGCAGAGCACAAACGUGCCGUGAGACCUAUGCGCAGGGUUCAGGCUUCAAGGAACCCCCUGAAAUUACUGGCAGCAAGAGAGGACAUUCUUCAUGAAUACACUGAACAAAGAUUAAACAUCGCCUUCAUGGAGUCAAAGCGAAUGAAAGUAGAGAAAAUGUCUGCAAACUCAAAUUUCUCAGAAGUAGCACUUGCUGGCUUAGCAAGCAAAGAAAACUUCAGCAAUGUCAGUCUACGAAGUGUCAAUCUAACUGAACAGAACUCCAACAACAGUGCUGUGCCAUACAAGAAACUGAUGCUGUUGCAAAUUAAAGGAAGAAGACAUGUUCAAACAAGAUUAGUUGAACCAAGGGCUUCAUCACUGAACAGUGGAGACUGCUUCCUGUUGUUAACGCCACAUUACUGUUUCCUGUGGGUAGGGGAGUUUGCAAAUGUCAUAGAAAAAGCAAAGGCUUCAGAACUUGCAACUUUAAUUCAGACAAAGAGGGAACUUGGCUGUAGAGCUUCUUAUGUACAAACCAUAGAAGAAGGGAUAAAUACUCAUACUCAUGCAGCUAAAGACUUCUGGAAACUUCUUGGUGGCCAGACAAGUUACCAGUCUGCUGGAAGCCCUGAGGAAGAUGAAAUGUACGAAGCCGCAAUAAUAGAAACAAAUUGCAUCUAUCGUUUAGUAGAUGAUAAACUUAUUCCUGAUGAUGACUACUGGGGGAAAAUGCCAAGAUGUACUCUGCUUCAAUCCAAAGAGGUGCUGGUUUUUGAUUUUGGCAGUGAAGUAUAUGUGUGGCAUGGGAAAGAAGUCACAUUAGCACAGAGAAAAGUAGCAUUCCAGCUGGCCAAACAUUUGUGGAAUGGAACUUUUGACUAUGCCAAUUGUGAUAUAAAUCCUCUAGAUCCUGGAGAGUGCAAUCCCCUUAUACCAAGAAAAGGACAAGGGCGUCCUGACUGGGCUAUCUUCGGCAGACUCACGGAACAUAACGAGACCAUAUUGUUCAAAGAAAAAUUUCUUGACUGGACUGAAUUGAAGAAGCACAAUGAGAAGAACUCUAGUGAAUCUCUUCACCAAAAGGAAGAUCCCAGGUCUGACUUUAAGCCAUAUGAUGUCAUGCUAAUGGUACCAGUGCCCCAAACUACAGUUGGCACUGUCUUGGAUGGAAUAAAUAUUGGCCGUGGCUAUGGAUUUGUUGAAGGAGAAGAUGGGAGACAGUUUGAAAUUAUCACUGCCUCCGUGGAUGUUUGGCACAUCCUGGAAUUCGAUUACAGUAGGCUGCCUAAACAAAGUAUUGGACAGUUCCAUGAGGGUGACACAUAUGUGGUUAAAUGGAAGUACAUGGUGAGCACUGCAGUUGGCAGCAGACAAAAGGGAGAGCAGCAAGUCAGGGCUGUUGGGAAAGAGAAGUGUGUGUACUACUUUUGGCAAGGGAGGCACUCUACAGUGAGCGAGAAGGGGACAUCAGCACUCAUGACUGUGGAGCUUGAUGAAGAGAGAGGAGCACAGGUACAAGUGCUUCAAGGCAAAGAACCACCAUGCUUUCUGCAGUGCUUCCAGGGAGGGAUGAUUGUGCAUGCUGGAAGAAGGGAAGAGGAAGAAGAAAAUACACAAAGUGACUGGAGGCUGUACUGUGUACGAGGAGAAGUUGCCAUUGAAGGAAAUUUACUUGAAGUAGCAUGUCACUGCAGCAGCCUGAGGUCCAGGACAUCUAUGAUUGUUCUCAAUAUAAAUAAAGCCCUUAUCUAUCUGUGGCAUGGGUGCAAAGCACAGUCUCACACAAAGGAUGUAGGAAGAACAGCAGCCAAUAAAAUAAAAGAGCAAUGCCCGUUGGAAGCUGGAUUGCACAGCAGCAGCAAGGUGACAAUACAUGAAUGUGAUGAAGGGUCGGAACCACUGGGAUUCUGGGAUGCAUUAGGAAGAAGAGACAGAAAAGCCUAUGAUUGCAUGUUGCAAGAUCCUGGAAAGUUUAACUUCACCCCCCGCCUGUUCAUCCUCAGCAGUUCAUCAGGAGACUUCUCGGCCACUGAGUAUAUCUAUCCUGCAAGAGAUCCCGCUGUUGUCAAUUCCAUGCCAUUCCUGCAGGAGGAUCUCUACACCGCCCCACAGCCAGCCCUCUUCCUCGUUGACAAUCACCACGAAGUAUAUCUUUGGCAAGGCUGGUGGCCUGUAGAAAACAAAAUAACUGGAUCAGCUCGAAUCCGAUGGGCUACAGACAGGAAGUGCGCCAUGGAGACCGUACUCCAGUACUGCAAAGGAAAAAAUGUAAAGAAGCCUCCCAAAUCCUACCUAAUUCAUGCUGGUCUUGAACCUCUGACCUUCACUAAUAUGUUCCCUAGCUGGGAACACAGAGAAGACAUAGCUGAGAUCACAGAAAUGGAUGCUGAAGUUUCUAAUCAGAUAAUCCUUGUAGAGGAUGUAUUAGCCAAGCUGUGCAAAACUGUGUAUCCACUAGCAGAUCUCUUAGCUAGGCCUCUACCUGAGGGAGUUGAUCCACUGAAACUUGAAAUUUAUCUUUCAGAUGAAGACUUUGAGGUCGCCUUAGAGAUGACAAGAGAGGAGUACAAUGCACUGCCCUCUUGGAAGCAGGUUAAUGUGAAAAAAGCAAAAGGACUUUUCUAAGUAAUGUUAUCACUUAGUGAUAGCACCUAAGGGAUCUGUAUCAUCACUUUCAACACCUUGAAAUUAGCAAAAUGAAUUGCUCUGAAUUAGUGUUCAAAAGAUAAAUUAGAGAUGAUAAAUUUUUAGAUACUGCCUGACCUUGAGUUGUGUAAUACUGUAAAUGUGCAAGAGAACUCUUUGGAAACUUUGUCUCAACUCCAAGGGUAACAUGUUUAAAAGUUGUUCCCCUGUGCACUUAAAGGGUAGCUUCUCAAGCUACUCCUACAACAAUCCUUUGGCUAGAUGUACUUGCCAUGUGUUUUCUGAAGAUGUUCUCUUUGUAAAGUGUUAUUUUGGUAGUUUGUGGAUUACAAAGAAUUUAUAUUUAUAUAAACACAUAGAACAAGUAUGUAUUUAACAAUAUAAUUGUAUUCACUUUCAAGACUUUGUGUAUAAAAAUCUCUCUACAGAAAGGUAGCUGAACAGCAGUUGCUUAUGCUGAAUUAGCUAUACAACCCAUCUAUAUGUUAUGCAUUCUGAAAAGAUUCUCUUUGCAAUAGAUAAUGAAUUGUUCUCAGUGCUGCUUCAGGUGCUAAACUGAACAAAGCAUUUGUAUUUAUGGCAUGGGUUUCUUUAGAGACUAUGCAAAUCAAUCUUUAUAUUUCAAUAUCCAAAAAUGUAUAGUGCCUUGUUUUUGUGUACAGUUUAUAUACAAAAUGAUUGGUCUGCAUUGAAGAUGGUUUAGAAUGGUCUUCUGUGUUACUUUUAUAAUGAUAGAAAUAAAAACAUCUCAGUUUCUAAUACAUGUUUGUAAAGAUUAAAACAAUCUUUCAUGAUAUAAGAGCUUAAAGUAAAAGCUUCAGAAUAAAUCCUUAGCAGUGCUCUGGCUACUCAUUAUUUAUAUACAUACAUACCUUAUACCAUCAUAUACAAAUGUUCCAUAAUACUGUAUUUACAUUUGAAAUAUUUGUGAUCUGAGGCAUUUAGAGGAUCUGUACAGUGUUAUGAUUAGUGACAGAUAAUACAGAGCAAUUUAAGAUGAUUAUACCAAGAUAAAAUUAGACUGUACAACAGUCUUAACUAGUGCUACCUCUUGAAACAAUUAUAUAACUAUCAACAUUAUUUUCAAUUGCCCCUUCUUUAUACUUGAAGUAAAAUGUUUGGCCAAUUGAAAACCUAUCAAGACUAUGAAUGGUUGUGAGAGAGCUCUCGAAACAAAAUUGACAUGGUAUUGAAUGUUAACUGUAUUUUCAUUCUUAAAGUGGUAGAACCAAAAACAUGGCCAUUUGUAUUAGUAUGGGCAGGCAACUGUUUAAUCAGGUUGAGAUUCUGUCAUUGCUUGAAACUUUAUCUUUAUUUUCAGGAAUUUGCAAUUUCUGUACUUAGAAUUUUUGUAAGGACUGUUACCUUUGCGCUGUCAUUGUACUUUUCAAAUACUACAUCCUGUAAAUCCAGACAACUUUGCCUUGUAGACUGUAGCCACUGGAAAUCUCCUACUUCUAAAGGGACAACACCUUUGUUACCUAUUAGUGCCAAGUGACUUUGCAUUUUUAAUAAUUUGCUUUUCUUGACCUAAUAUCACAGGAAAAUAAAGCAGCUCUUGGGUGUAGUGAUAUGUAUGUUCUGUCAAACCAUACCAAAUCUAAAAGUGUCCACAUAUUUUUUUAAAAAAUAGGCUUUGUAAGUAUUUUAGAAGAUCAGAAGUUUGAAAUUAGCACACCUCUUUAAAAAUUUCUAAAAUCUGUAUAUAUCUUCCAUCUCAGGCAUAAGUACGUUAAGUUGCGUUCAUCUGAUGUGCAGUAUUAAAACAAAAGGAUUUUUAAAUGGUGUAUUUUCUUGUGCUACUAGUCUCUGUGAAGAAUUAGAAAUAAUACUCCAAGAGAAAAUGCAGGCAUAUUUCCAACUCCUGAAAAGAACAUUUUCUGACUGAUCAUAGAUGAGGUAGACGCUGAUAUCUGCUCUUUUUUAAAAAGCCAGUAGUGACCUUCCUUUACUCAGUUUGUCUUCUUCAUGGGGUUUAUCUUCAGAAUGGAAAAGCUUGGAAAGAUUAACUCAAAAGGGUCAAAAACUAGGAGGCAAACAUAAAGAAUCUAAAAAAAAAUUAAUUUUCAUUUUGAGAAACUCAGAUUUGUUUUGGAGGGGAGACUGGUUUUU